AUGUGGUACCGCAGCUUAUGUUGCUUUGCUCCUCAACUCUCAUCAGCGUUCCUGGAAGAAGUCCUUGUUCUUCUGGACUGGAUCAGGGUCUCACAAACAAUCAGCUUCACUAAGCAGCAGCUCAGGUCACUGAAAUCUCCCAUUGUCAGAGCCAAUAACCAGAACCUCAGCUUCAUUCUACUGACUUCUCUCAUGUUCAGCUUACUCUGUGUGUUUCUAUUCAUCGGUCGUCCAGUGAAUAUAACCUGCAUGCUACGACAAAUCUGCUUUGGGAUCUUCUUUACAGUAGCUGUGUCUUCUGUCCUGGCCAAGACCAUCAUAGUCUGCAUAGCAUUCAAGGCCACCAGACCUGACAGCUCCUGGAGAAAGUGUAUGGGAGUUAAGAUUCCUUAUUCUGUAGUGUUGGUCUGUUCAUCUAUUCAGGUUCUGAAUGCAGUUAUCUGGUUGUCAGUUUCUCCUCCAUAUCAAGAACUAAACCUGGAUUAUCCUGGGAAGAUCAUCCUCCAGUGUAAUGAAGGUUCCGUCUUGGCUUUUUACCUCAUGUUGGGUUAUAUGGGGUUUCUGGCGGCUUUGAGUUUUGUUCUGGCUUUUAUGGUGAGGACAUUACCUGACAUCUAUAAUGAAGCCAAGUUCAUCACUUUCAGCAUGCUGGUGUUCUGCAGUGUCUGGAUCUGUUCCAUCCCAGCCUAUCUGAGCAGUACAGGAAAGCACAUGGUCAUCGUGGAGAUAUUUGCCAUAUUGUCCUCAGGAGGUGGAAUAUUGACCUGCAUGUUCUUACCUAAAUGUUAUAAUAUCCUAAUAAAUCAUAAAGUAAGUAGUAAUGGACAAUUGUUAGAGAAAUGUCCUCAGCAUAAAAGAAAAUAA